GUUCAGCUACCAGGUCUCGAUUCACGCAGACGGCAGGAUCAAUUUCGUUUACCAGAAGAUUCCGUAUGAUCUGCAGUUUCUCCAAGCAAACCUGAAAAAAUUCUCAGGAAUGUUUGGUGUUGGGCGCAAAACCCUGGAAGAGGCAGGAGGCCUGUUAGGAAUGAGUCAUGUUACGUACCACUUCGACAUGAACAUCAAAAGCUUCCAAAUUUCGAACUGGACCGUCAUAUCCUUCGUGCCCGACACCUACUGCUCCAACCUGAAGACGUGCUACAAGUGCACCGGAAAGACGAACCAGUUGAAUUUCUACCCUUCGUACUUCUGCGCGUGGUGUCCUUAUUUGCAGAAGUGUGUCAGAAAGGAAAGAAUUUUCGAGCUGUACCACUAUGAAGACGCAACCGACGCGAUCGACUGCAAGUCAUCCGAUAUCGAAGAGGAUUCGGACGAAUGGCGAUCCUACAGGCGCCCUUACAUCCUUGGCUUCAUUGCUGUUGUAGGUGUAAUUUUGUACCUUGUCUGUCCUCCCCGCUUCUUUCUUUCAUUGUCUUUCGGCUUACUAAUUGUAGCCGUGUACAUGAUUAUCACAUCAUCACCUGAGUUCAAAUUUCCAGUUGAUCUCAGUGACAUUGACUACGAAGCCUUUGACGCCGAUGGCUUAUUUGAUAUCAACUCGAAUGAUCUGGCCCUUCAUUACUUUGUUGAGGAGUAUGACCAAUUCUCCAGAAUUUAUGUGCGCAGCAACAAGCUAAUGGUCGACAGAAUGCUCUGGAUCGACAUGGACAAACGCAAAAAUGUCGUCACCCUGAACGUGGACCAAAUGCAGGAAGAAAACGUGGAAAUUGAUACAACAAUGUUGAAAGGGACAUUCUUCAAGCAAAAGAUCCAAAACAUGACGGUAUCAAUGCAGGGAGGAAUUCAGUUCCAGACGACUGAUCGGAAUUUGAAAGUUAUUGCUCCUCUCUUUGCGGAAUUCGACAGAAAACACGGCCAAAUCAUCUACCGAGCCGUUGAUAAUUGCGUUACCGUCCAGUGGAAAGAUCUCAAGUUGGACCACGAGGAUUACCUGGAGGAUAAAUUCAGCUUUCAGGCAACUCUGUUUGACGACGGAAAGAUCGAAUUCGUGUACAAGGAGGUUCCUAGCAACUUGAAGCCCGUCAAUCGUGGCUUAAAAGGCUUAUUCUUAGGAUUUUAUGGCGUUGCCGAGCGAAAUUUUGAUGAAAUAAUGGAUGAAAGUAGCAAGAACCAAAAGAGCAAUCUCGACUUCGACGCAGACAUCGGGGGACACCCAAUCAAUGUGGGGACUGUGAUUUAUCUGGUGCCCAGGCCCUCCUGCUCGGCAUUCACGGAGUGUCAGCAGUGCUCCGGAAGAGUGAUUUCGACGAGCCCUUUCUCCGCCUCCUCCUGCGCCUGGCGUCCUUCCACCAACACCUGUGUCCAGAGUGUCAGAACCAGUAAGAACGGAUUCAAGUUUGACUCCUUGAUGAAACCUCUGACCACAACUCGACAAGAAUGUCUAGAUUACGAAUGGGGCAUAGUUGAAUGGAUCAUAUAUUCAAAUCCAACGCUUUAUAUCAUCGCUUUGGCGGGGUUAUUCGUAGUCAUGGCGUACCUCUUUUUCUUCUAUCUGGAUUAA